UCUUCUCCAAUUCAUAGCAGAACGGACACAAACAAGAAAUUGAGAAAGAAUUUGUGGAAAAGAAAAAAACUUUGAAAGAAACAGAGAGAGUGGCGACCUUAAACGCAGAAGGAGAAGGAGAGACGCGAGGUAGUCGUCUCCAAAACUUCAUUUCAUCUUUGUUCGCAAGCAUUGGAGGUGUCUUUGCCCCAUUUCAAGAAGAACCAGACAUGGACAUCGCUUCAAAAGUUGUUCUUCCUCAACAACAUCAGCUUAAAGGGGAAGUGAAGCAGAAGAAUGCAUUAGCAGAUGGAAGGAGCAGGAGAGUUCUUCAAGAUAUUGGAAAUUUAUUAACUGAACGAGCCCCAGAAGGAAAGAAACAAGCGAGUGAAGUUGAUGUUGCACUUGCAGCUAAUGGGGUUGCGUUAAAGAGAGGCGUCGCAGGAAAGGCGGUGCCAGAUCAAAGGAAGGCGAUUGACAAGCCAAAACCUGAGACGAAGGCAGUGAUUAGCUAUGAUGAAAGUGACCAGGAGACUAAACAUGUUAGUAGAAACCUAUCAAGAGAAGGGUCUUCAAGAAAGGAUGGAAAGGCCUUUUCGUCGGUCCUGACAGCUCGAAGCAAGGCUGCUUGUGGAAUUACCGAUAAGCCAAAGGAUCCGAUCUCGGACAUUGAUGCUGCUGAUAUUGAUAAUGAAUUGGCAGUGGUUGAAUAUGUUGACGAUAUUUACAAAUUCUACAAACUCACAGAAGAUGAAGGUCGAGUACACGACUACAUGGAUGCACAGCCAGAAAUUAAUGAGAAAAUGAGAUCAAUAUUGGUGGAUUGGUUGACAGAAGUUCAUAGAAAAUUCCAGCUAAUGCCAGAAACCCUCUAUCUUACCUUAAACAUUGUCGAUCGAUUCCUUUCGAGGGAGGUUGUGCCAAGGAGGGAACUUCAGCUAGUUGGCAUCAGCUCAAUGCUCAUUGCCUGCAAGUAUGAAGAGAUAUGGGCACCUGAGGUUAAUGACUUCGUUUGCAUAUCGGACAAUGCCUAUGUUAGAGAACAAGUCCUGGUUAUGGAAAAAGCAAUCUUGAGGAAAUUGGAAUGGCAUUUAACUGUUCCUACGCUGUAUGUUUUCCUGGUUCGAUAUAUCAAGGCUUCUGUUCCAUCAGAUAAGGAGAUGGAGAACAUGGCGUUUUUCCUAGCUGAACUUGGGUUGGUGCAAUAUCCUACCAUCAUUUUGUAUCCUCCAUCAUUAAUUGCUGCAUCAGCUGUUUAUGCUGCACGAUGCACCCUUGAGAAGAGCCCUCCCUGGAGUGAAAGUCUCAAGCACUACACUGGCUAUUCCGAGGGUCAACUAAGGGAUUGUGCCCAAACGCUAGUGAUAUAUCAAUGUUUAGCAGCAAAAAGUAAACUAAAGGCAGUGUAUCGGAAAUUCUCAAAUCCAGAUCGUUGUGCUGUAGCUCUUGUUGCGCCAGCCAAAAGCCUAAUGCCAGAUUCCUCGUAAAGAAGUUUGUGUAGACACAUUUUGGAGAUACCUCGUCACUUUGAUUCUUUUAUUGGAUUACUAGUCUGGCGUGAUCAUUUGCUUUGCUUUUUGUGUAUCACUACGAUGUGUGAUUACAAAAUACCUCUUUUGUGUAAUCUAUCUAAAGUGUUUUCGGUUAUUUUUAAAACCCAAAAACUCGUAAAUGAAAGAACUUUGUGCA